CCGUGGUCUCCUCCCCCUGUUUGUGAGGAUCGCUACAGCUGCACACGAUGGCCGUGUCCCCUGUCAAAGAGUUCCUGGUUACAUAUUUAAUGCCAGAGAAGUGCUACGAGGAGAUACUCGUCAACUUUCACUGGCACGUUCCCUGCCUAAAGUUUGUGCUGAACAAAAUUGCCGGAUUUUGGAUCUUACUGGACACUGUACUGGCACAGCUACCCCAGCUGAUGAAGAUACUGUGGAGAGGAAGUGCAGAGGGCCUGAAUCUUACCUCCAUCCUUCUGCAGCUUUAUGCUUUCUCAUGUCCUGUGGUGUACGCCAUGGCCAAUAACUUCCCUCUCUUUGCCUGGGCUGACAGACUCUUUGCACUGACCCAGACAGCUGCCAUUGUCUUCCUCAUCCUGCACUAUCGCGGUGACACCCUCAUAGGCAUGCUAUUCCUCUUGGCUUACAGUAGUGUAAUGUUCCUCCUGGGCUCCUGUGCAGCUGCUUUAGUCGUUUCAGUGUUGCAGACCUCCAGUUUGGCAGCUUUAAUUGCAAGCAAGGUUCUACAGGCUGGAACUAACUACUCUAAUGGGCACACGGGCCAGAUGUCCACCCUGUCUGUGUUACUAACAUGGGCAGGAUCUCUGGGUCUUAUUGUUGUUUCUCUACAGGAGACAGGAAGCUCUUUGGCUACUCUGUCACACACACUGUCAGCCUGCCUCAGCUGUAUCCUCCUAGUCCAGGUCCUCUGCUGCAGGAGCAGCACCACCACUAACAAGAAGAAUGAGUAGAGGCGAAGAAUGGUGACAAAUGAACACUCACGUCAUAUGCAAAUUGCUUCUGUCAUUUCAAAAAUGGCUUAUGAGUCUGAGCCAGAUACAGCACAGAACUAAUGUUUACAUUGCCUCUUUAUACUAAUAUACCUGUGUGCUACACUUGGAUUUUUAUGUGAAUGCUGAGUCAGCAGCAGCAAGAGCAACCUUUAACAUUGUUAACAUGUACUUUAACAAUAUGUUAACAAUAUGUCAAAUUUUUACACAUUAAUGACACACAAUGUGCAAACAACACUGCCUUUUUGGCUUUCAAUACCUAAUGUGCCUCAUUCAAUCUGUCAAGGACAAAAAGCACAAUACAGUGAAUCAGCUUCUUAAAUGAAAAGUAAAAUUUAUUAUUCCUGAAUCAUAAAAUAGACUUCUUUGGUUGUACAAAUUCACUAGUUAGUCUUGUAUGAGCUUCAACCUUUGACCCUAGGACCUCUGAUCCCUUACUGCCGACCUGUUUGGAAGUAAAAGCCCCCAAAGCGAACUCAAAGAUAUAAGCAACACAGAUUGCUACUAUGCUGUGAGUCUGCAAAAAUAUCAGUCAGAUACAUAAAUGGACAGCCUGUCAGGCAAUGAGCUGAAUGUGAUCAACAUCUUGAGAGGGAUUUCCAAUUAUUACUGUCUCUUGUGGCUCUACCAUUAACACACCAAUAUACAUGCGGAGAGCACCCUGAAACCAAGCCUGUCUAGACCCAGAUGUGUCAGCAGGCUAGGUCAAGACCAGCUUGGUUUCACACCCAGAGUUUGCGUUGCUUUCAAUAUUUGUACAUUAUUCACACAAUAAUAAGUGAUUUUCAGUGGCAUAAGAUUUAAAUUAACCUUAGACAGAAAAAUAAAACACCUGCUACCUUCACAUCACAUCUGGAAUACCUCCAGACAACACAAGGAUAAUGCAUGAUUCACAUUGAUAAAAUGUAAAACAAUGCCCUAAACAGGGCAGGGCUAGUACCGCUGAUUAAGCACAUUAAUGGUCAUAGCCAGGAGAGUUCAUCUCCCCCGUCAAAACCACCAGUGCCUCCCCACAAGGAGCCCCCUCAGAGACCUCCUCCUCCAAAGAAGACCGACGCAUCCAGACCAACAAGGCUCAAGCCUCCACCUGCUCUAAAAGAAGCUCAGGAUGUACACAAGGCUGCACCACCACAGCCUUGCAGACCCCCCCAAAAUAGUUCAAAGUUAAUAAAGCCCCCAUUCCUCCCAAGCCCCAGUUAAAUAGUGAGAAUAUGUAAAAAUGGAGAAGAAAGAGAAGAAGUCGAGGGCUGGAUCCCCUCAAAUUAUCUGAGCAAGAAUCCUUAGUGUGAGUCUGCUCUUCAAACCAUCACCUUAGGAUUAAAUAGAUAAAGGAUUAAAAUGAACAAAUUAUCACUACCUUGUAGCUAAUAAGCGUUUUUAAAUUUAUAGGUACAUUAUCUUUAAAUGUACACAUUGUUUAAUUUUUUUAAGGAUAUUUUAAACUGAACCAGCAAUAACACAUAACCUUACGGGUCUUGUAAUGUUUAUUUGUUUUUAUCUAAUUAUUAGGUAACAUUACGGGUUUUUUUUGCUCUAUGCUAGUUGUAGUCUAUAGAAGCUAAUACAGAAACUGUACAGCCCCACCACUGUAAGAAGUCUACUGAAAUAGAUAUUUGUUAGGGCUGCACGAUAAAUUGUUUGAGUGUGAUUUAGAUCCCCAAGCAAUCUCAGCCUUGUGUGACGAUGUGAGAAACUGAAACCAGAAAA